AUGCUGGCAAAGGCCCGUUGGUUGCUCCCCCUGCUGGGUGCCAGCGCCGUGCAGUGCGCGCAUCUGAACCUCCAUGCACAGAGCCUGCUCGACGAGUCCAUGACACUGCAAGAUGCUAUCUACGAUCCGGCGGCUUCGUACCUGCGCUACAUUUACUUCCCGUUUGCUGCUGGCCCGCAUGAAACGCGGUCGUCAGUCUGGUACUCGGUUGGACUGUUGCAGCGGAAUCAGGGCAGCGACGCCGAGGAAGCGUUCAAGAUACUCAGGAAUGUCAUUGGCGAUCAGGAGAAGAAUGAAAUAGUGCAGUGGUACGGCGACUACACGAAAUACCCCGAGCAGCCAACCGUCGGCACUGCGGCUUAUCCUCCGGUGAUCUAUAACUCGUGGGACCCCAAUUGGCGAGGAUUCAUUGGCACCGCGCUGAUCAUCAUCUACGAAGAGUUCCAGCACCUUCUGCCUCCAGACCUCAGCGACCUGAUCCUCGAAAGCGUGUACAACAGCACUAAAGGCGACAGCUACCGCGUCGGCGGCGUGAACGAGGACAAUCUGUAUCCGGCCUAUUCGAACGCCUGGCUGAUGAGGACUGUGACCAGCUCAUGGACAGGUCGUCAUUUGAACGAUGCCAAUAUGACCGCUGCCGGUGAUGCGGACGCGUCUGAUUUCCUCGACCUCUUUGACCGUAACCACACCCUGUCCGAGUUUAACGGUCCAACAUAUGCAGGCGUCUCGCUUUACGCCCUCACUAUUGCAGCAAAGUACAUGGGAUCGACGAACGCGACAAUUGGCCGUAACGCGGCACGUCUCAUCCAGCAGAUAUGGGAGUACGAGUCAAUCUUCUGGAACCCUUAUAUGAGGAACUUUGCUGGCCCGUGGGAUCGGUCAUACGGCUACGAUAUGAACAAUUACGUCGCCAUCAUGUCCCUCUGGGUAUGGGCGCUGGUUGGUAAGGAGAGCGCCUGGAACACGACUUUCCCAAUCUGGACGCUUGCCCAUGCCGAUGAUUUCGAGGUCGCACCGGUUAUUGCUGUCCUCUCCGAAUUCCAUAAGGCCUUGAUUCCAGACACGGCAAUCUCGAGGCUAACCGCGUUCUCCGGUGAACGUACCUACCAUGGCCAUGUUUAUGCCCCUCCAGCCGACCAUGAGCCGCGGAACGUCACUACCUGGGUGUCAGCCAACCUAAGUAUCGGCACCCAGUCCUUCAAUCAGAGCGUUGUGGGUGGCUUCUCUAAGGACUCCAGCUCUUUCAGUCCCUCAGUUGUUCAGUGGCUGCGUCCUGACGAGUCCAUCGGCUACUUCAACUUGUACCCCACCGAGACCGCAUUGAAGGCUGAGGUCAGGCCGUACUCGUUGAACCUCACCUAUCCUCUCGGUAAUGCCUCGAGCACAUUCACGUUCGUUCUCGCCGCCAACCCACUCGGUAAAAAAAGGGAUAUCAGGAGUCUCGCCGAUGUGGACGGUCUUAGCAUCAAGGUCGGCGGCACCGUAGAUCCAAUUCCCCAGAUUUCGUUCUGUGGCUUGCUCGGAGGCGCCUGUGAUGUCAUUCAUGGCUUCGAGUUCUGGAAUGCGACUUUCUCCAUGCCGGCAAAUACCUCGGAUGUACCGCGGAUUGAAUUUCAGUUCGAGCUUACGAUGUAG